GGCAGGACUGCAUCCCGGAGCUGCCUGAAGCAGCUAGCUCUUUAUUCACACUUAACCGUUUCUUAUUUGGUUAAUACACCAAAGAGAGCAUCUCGGAGCUUUGCUAUCGAGGUUACUCCACAGCCUCAGCUGGAAAUCUGAGUCUGAAUCGGGAGGCAAGACAUCUCAGAGAGGCUGCCGACACCACGGAGAAAGUGACGGACGGAGCAGAGCCUGAUCACCGGGAUUUUUACAUCGCAUCGCAUCAGUUUAGGAUAUUUCAGGCAGCUGCUUUGACCCAGCCUUGAUUUCUUUCAGGGUACCCUCACACAAUAUUGCCUAGGUAAUAUUAAUAACAUUUGCAUGUUACAUUUCACAUAAGGUCGUCUAUAGUGAGCAGGCGGACCACUUUAAACCCAUGCGUAACAGCGGAGGAUUUUGGAGUACUGCGUAGUAGUUCAACCAUCCAGUCUUUCGACUAACAGCUCUGUUAUUUGGAAAUAUCUACAAGCUAAAAGAGGAGCAACCUGGACCUUUUACUUUGUUCCGGAGGCUAAACGUUGAAAACCCGAAGCGCACUCUGUGCGCAAUCCUGCCGAGGACGCUCCUGAAAUUGCCGACCUGCGCUUUUGCCCUCGACAAAAAUUGGCAGCCGAGUCGAGAAAAAAGGCAAAGCUUAUUAACUUUGCAUGCUAGAAGCUAGAGUGUGGAAUCUAAUUCGCAGGGUUGCCGGUAUAUUUGCAUUCCAUCGGAAGAGGAUAAACUUAAUCAGCAUUUGACAUCGACAAAGCGGCUGCUGGAUUUUGGAGAACAGAAUGAAUCCUUUUUAAUUUGGACCACAGAAGUAUUGGCAGAUUGAUCAGUGAAUGCUACAAUCUGCAUGGAGUUCUAGUCUGCACUACGGAGCAAUUUAUGGUUGGCCGCAGAACUCCCCCGGCUGUAGUACUGUGCCCACCUCGCCAUGCUGGCCUGUCUGCAGAGGAGGCAAAACCCUCCACCCCAGCACCCGGUGUGUGCCAGCAAGACCCUGGAGCCACCGCAAGCCCUUGGACGGAAAUGUGAGCUCUUGGUGCCCACGCAUUCCCCACGCUACCCCACUGCGGCAGAACUUGACGCCUACGCUCAGAAGACGGCCAACAGCCCUCUGUCCAUCAAGAUCUUCCCCACCAACAUCAGGGUUCCCCAGCACAAGCACCUUAACCGGACUGUGAAUGGAUAUGACACCACAGGGCAGCGCUAUAGUCCCUACCCACACCUCCACACAGGGGGCUACCAGGGCCUGCUCGCCAUCGUCAAAGCCUCUGCCUCAUCGUCAUCAUCAUCAACAUCCACCUUUGUCCCUACAAAAGGUGUCCUCAAGAACUCUGAAGGCAGACGGACUAAGCUCUCUCCAGCCCACAUAGCCGUUGCCCCGUACCCACCCCCUAAUAGUAGCACUUUAGCCAGUGGCCACGGCCAAAUGGUAUACCACACUGGGCCCUCAAAGCCUCCAGAAGGCCCCGGACUGUCAGUUCCCCCAAAUGUCACUGUAGCUGGCUCAGUGAUUCCUGUAACAGGGGGCCGAGGCCUGGCCCUGCCCGCACAGUCCAACCUCCCCUCCAUCCAGAGCAUCAUCUACCAGAUCAACCAGCAUUGCCAGGCCCAGGCUCUGCAGCAGGUGUGUCAAGGGGCUGCCACUGCACCAUCAAAUUCUAGCCCCUCCAAGCAGGGAACAACUGUCAUGGGGGUCUCUUCUAGCUCCUCAGGUGGAGGCUACGUGGUAGGAAUGGGUCCCCAGGCUAACAUGGUGUACACAGGGCCAGGGCUGCCGGCUCAAAAUGCAGAGGCGAUGAAGACCGGUGUGUACACAGACGGUAUGGACUAUAUUCUUUGGCAGAAGCAGCAACAACAGCAACAACAGCAGCAGCAGCAACAGGCUGUGCUCCGCAUGUACAGUGGAGGUAGUGGAGGAGGGGGCGCCAUCAGUAAGUCCCCCGAAACUUGUGUUCCAGGGGGAGGGAUUAUGGCGUCCCAAGUGUCCUCCUCUUCCUCCAGACCUUACCACCUGACAGCCAGUGCCAGCGGAGGAGGCGGGAUGGACAAAGUCAGCUCUUCCCCUUUGAACUGCGUGGGUAUGCAUGGAAAUUUCUCAGUGGGUCAAUACUUUGCCCCGCCGUGGAACAGUGUGCUGGUGACACCUGACAGUGACUGCUACAACACCCAGGAGCUUUUGGCUACCUCUACAGGAGGGCCGGCCACGGGGCACAGAGAGAUGGGUUACCCCCACCAUCAUCACCACUACCACCACCAUCAUCACCACCCUGCUAUAGACAGCGGCGGAGGCUUGUGCUGCAGCCUGCCCAGCAAGAGCUUGUGCAACACAUCAGUGCUGAGCAGCAGCUUGCAAUCUCUGGAGUACCUGAUCAACGACAUCCACCCACCCUGCAUCAAGGAGCAGAUGCUUGGCAAAGGCUACGAGACUGUGUCUGUGCCACGUCUGUUAGACCACCAGCAUGCACACAUCCGCCUCCCUGUUUACAGAUAGAGGGGGAAGAAGAGGAGGAAAAGAAUCAAGAGUUGUGAAUUUGUGAAGAAAAUCAAAGUUAAAGAACCGAGAUGUUUUUUUGGGCUACGAGUGGCACUGCUUUAACUAGUGUGGGAGCUUAGACAAGGGCAGUUGUUGUGCUGUGUGACCCUAGGUUUGGUGGUUUUCAAGGCAGGCUGUGGGAAUCCCAAAUAUGAAAGGUGGUAGUGAUUGCCAGUGGGAGAGAAAAGGGAUUUCAAGAUUCUCCAGAUGUUCCAUUGUGUGGUUUGCCAAUAGGAAUUAUGGAUUGAUUUUCUUCUGUUUUUUUGUUUUUGUUUUUUUGUGAUUUUUUUUUGUUGUUUUUGUUGUUGUUGUUUUACUUGCCUGAACUUUUUUGACGAGAAUCAUAGCGUGACAUGAAGUGCAUACAGCACUUGUAUCCCCCUUCCAAAUACUGAGGAUGAAGCUACUGUGUAGGUUGUCACUGAAAUGGCCUUAAAAGGGCCGAAGUUUAGGGCUGCUGUCAAAAUCCAAAACUCUUUAACAGUGCACACAUAAACACAAACAUCCAGAUACUUAUACAUGAGAAGAAUAAGAUUAUAGGCAGUACUCGGGUGUAAUUUACAAGGAUCAUAAGGUUGAAUUAAAAGGAUAGUACAAUAUUAGUUAUUAUUGCUGUUAUAAUUGAUACAUAAAUUGCACUGCUUGAAUCUUGUUAACUUUGAAGUUUGGAAUUGGGUAGUGUGGAUAUGAUAUAUUUAAGAAACUUGAAAAACUUGAACCUAUUUUUUGUUGUUUUAUAUAUUUGUAGGUAUAUUAUAUGCAUUGGCUGCUAUGGGGAAAAGUGUCUCAAAUGCAUUUUUUUUUUUUUUUUUUUCCAGUUUUGUUUUUAUGAUUUAAUGAUUCCUCCUCAAGCUGAUGUGCAGUUUCUUAUGUCCUGGUGUGAGGCAUAGUCGCUGCUUUGGUUCUGUAAGAACCUGGUCUGAGAGUUUCUGUUUUUUUUCCUAACCAACACUGGAAUCUACAAUAAAUCUUGAAAUACUUAUUUAAAAAGAAAAUGUCGCAAAAAAAUUCAAGAAAAGAAAUGUUACAAUGAAGAAUGUGAUUGGGGGGGUUAUCUACAUAACCUUACGUGUAUGUUAAUGCGUGUAUGUGGCUGAGUGCAUGCGCGUGUGUGCAUUUUAGUUUGUGUUCUUCAAAAUCCUCAGACUUUUUUUAAAACAUUUUUUUAUUGUGUCAUUUCAAGAUUUCUACCACCAAGACUGAAAAGCUGAUUCACCAGUCCCGUAAACAUCAUAUCUGAGUAAUGUACAGGAGAUCUUUUCCAAAUCUUGCUCCCUUUUAGUGGAGGCUUUAGAUAUUCGCUGGAGGUAGUAGAGAUCAAGUUCUCACAUGACUCCAUUAUAACUGUAGUGACGGUACUGUAGCCCCUUCCACUGUCAGCAGGUGUUAUCAUAAUGACAGAGAGAGGCAGACACAAAUGGAAAUCCUAUUUUGGGGGUACUCCUCACCCCUGAUCCUGCAAACAAAAACAAAAUUAAAACAAUCAUGCCCUGUCCUCUGGCGUCAGCUGAAAUGAGACGACGCUCAAUGCUUUCCCUUGUCCUUUUCAGCCCCUGGUUGGGAUGCAUUUAGCCUGGGCCAGUCUUAACUUGAUGAUUCAGAGCAGUGAAAUAUUUAUAAUGACUGUGAGAUUCCCUUGAAUGUACUGCACUUAAAUUACUGCGAUGUUUCAUUGCCUUGUGGGACUCAAGUGAAAGAGAAAAAUUGGAUCAGUGCAGCAGUCCUCUGGUCUUAAAUUAGCAUUUCUUUUGUCAGUCAAAUUUCAAUGGUAAAUUGAAUUUAUUAACUGGAGAGAGAGAGAGAGAGAGAUUCGCAGCUUUGUUGUGGGGAAAUACUGGCAUCAGUCUAGAUUUAUGAAGUGCAAUUAUUAUGACUGUAUUAACAUUUUUUCUCUGAGCUUACACCAAAAAAAUGUAAACUACAGUUGUCAAUACAUUCCCAAUGUACCACAUCCCUAAUCCCUAUUCUUUUUUUUUUUGUUUUGUUUUGAGGUGUAAAAUAAAUUUCUUUAAGAAUAUAUUCAGAGGCCACAUCUUGGCUUUGAAGUCUGUCAUUAUUUUUUAACGUAUGUCCUCUAGAGGUAAGUGGAAAGUAAGUGGGCCCUUGUUUCAGCAGCUCUGUGAGAUGCAGAGUGGAGCAUGAUGUGUGAUCUUGUACUGUACUGUAGUAGUAAAACCUCUGUCACUGACAAAACCUAGUAUACUUAAUUGACCAUCUUUUAAAUGUUUACACUUUGGCCAUCCAAAGAUAAAAGGACAGACAGCAUUGUUGGAAAUUAUUUACCCAUGAAUCCUGAAGAUUUUUUUAUUUUAUUUUUUUUAAAGAAGAAGCAGGAAUUAAUGUUUCUUUGAUCAUUUGCGCUCCAUAAAUAGACCUUUUUCUCCCUCAAGAUAACCCUUGCUUAAUCUUAACUAUGAGCCUUAAAUUUUUGAGCCACUGUCUUUGAAGGCUGACAAAGAUUUCAGCCUAAAGAAUACCAAGCCCCUUGGCUUAAAUUUGCACAGUAAGCCUCCUUAACAUUCCAGUGAAAAAUUUUCAUGUUGUUUCAACAGCUUAAUACCCCAGCCACAGUCUGAUUCCAGCAUAUUUUCUGUCUUGUAGAAAUAUUUUGACAGAUUUACAGAUACAUCCCGUCCCUAAAUCCCCUCCGUUUGGCUUCUGCAUCCAAGCAUUAAACCCUGUCACAUGAUGUUGAAGUGAAGAGGAGACACUUGAGGCAGUGGAGUUUCUGGUGUCUGGCCUUUCCCACCAGUGGAGGUCUGAAGCACCAGGCCUCUCUGCUAAUGGGAAUAUUGGGUGACGCCUGGCUGUUGGACAGUGCCAGUGGAGAGUAUUCAUUCACUCAAAGGGUUGAAAUCAAAACCCUUUUCAAAUAGCAAGGGAUUUCCUAUUAGGUACUGAGAGGAAUCUGGCCAUUUCGAGCCAAGUUCAACUAAAUAAAACACAAAACGACAUGACAUGACAUAAAAUAAAAUUAUUUUUUUAUUGCAAAAUUUUGAUUUCCAGAGGAGUUUUAUUACAUGUAAGGUGGUAUUUAGUUACUUUUAGCGUCUUUGCUUUGUAGCCACAUUUUCUACUGUACAGGCUCCCAACUGUCUGUCCCCCCCAGUCCUUUACACACAUUAAUGAGCUCCUAUUGAUGGGAUGCAUCUUAGCCCUGCAUCUCUGGUCCAUUCCACUAUUCCCGAUUUGGACAAUGGACGCUUAGCCCAUAUUAGGAUAAUAGAAUUAAAUUUCAAAUAGAUUUGUGCCUGAGCUGAUCCAUGCACGGCUCACUCAGCUGCAGAGGCAGAGUGGCAUAUGGCAUGUCAUUAUCUAAGCCCACCCUCCCCCUGUCCGGGGCCAACAGGGUUCAGCAGUGCUUAAACAAACUGAAGGUUAGGACUGGCUGGCUGGCGCUGAAGGGGAGGACAGCAGGGUUUGUAGAGGAGGGUGGUGGUGGGGGGUUCGGGGGGUGGUGGGGUUGCUAAAUCACAGCCUCCACAGCGUCUCAGAGGGCCUCAGCACCACACCAUGGCGCCUGGGCUCAGAGGCCUGCUUUAAAAGCUGGGCUGUGUUUGAUCGAGGGGAUUUGUUUUCUGUUGGAUUAUACAUGGUUGCUCCCUGCCUGGCUGAGGGGCCCUGUGCAAUGUGACAGAUCUCAGCAAAGGAAAAAAAAAAGGGAAGAGAGAGAAAGAUACAGGGAGGGAUUUUACAGGGGAGAAGCCUCGAAGCAUCAGUAAUCAGGAUAAUUGCCAUGUUCCUGGUGCCGGUUUCAGCCUCCCCUCUUUGGCUCUGCGGCCUCAUAUUCAGAUUCAAGCUCUGAAGAAACCACCUUUCUCACUGAAAGACUUAUUGUGCCUCAAUUUACUAAAUUCUAGUGAGUAAGAGCUUCAUUUAUAAUUAAGUUUUUAAUGCUUGGAAAGUUAUGUUGCCCAGGAAAUGAUAAAUUACACCACUCAAACACCAUCCAAAUGAGGACGUUAAGAUCUAUCACUUAUCUCCGUGGUUACAGACUAUUGACUGUUAACACGUUUUCAAGGGCAAUGAGAUACUCACAAGGAAGGCCUGAGGGCAAAGUGGAGGGAAAUUGACUUAUGCUGGUUGUAAAAAUCCCUUCGUAAAUCCCAAUAACUCCAUGAAGACCUUAACCUAGUGCAAAGGUCUAGUUGCAUAUUAUGCACCUUAAACACUGCUGAGAAGGAAGGAGAGUGGACGGACCCGUUCAGAGCAGGGUCAGCUCUUUCACUCUCAAAACAGAGGGGACGGGACGGGAGGGGAGGGCAGGGUUAGAAAAAAUAAAGGCAGCUGCUCGCUCUGUAGAGUCUUGGCGCUGCUUCUCUAACCUACAGAUGACAGAAAGGGUGGGGUGGGGGGUGGGGGGGUGACGUCCCCUCUGCACCGCUUUGGUCAACCUCAGUCAUGUCCCCUGGCUGCCCUUGGACCCCUGGUGCUCUCAUCUCAGAGUCCUUCCCAACAUCCCUCCUUAGUGGCUAAGAGAAGAUAAAGUCAUGUGGUCAGUCCUCUCUAUUUGGCUCCUACCUAGCAAGAAAAUACUUUAGUCAAUAAUUCAGAUGGUCCUGGGGAGGCUUGUAUAGUUAACCCACCAGCCUUAUAGCUGUAUUGCACAAUAUCAUUAAAAGAUUUGCUGUGUUUUGCCACAGUUAGAGCACAUUGCCAUCUCUUUAGUGCUACUGAAUAAAACUGGAUGGGUCACAUGUGAGUACCACACAAUUUUUUUAUUUAUUUUUUUAUUAAAUACAACACAAGUUAAAAAUCAGCACAGAUCACACAAUAAAUCAGGAUCUUUCUUCCAAAGGCACAGCCCCAGAGCCCUUUUCUAAAAAGGCAGUGCAGCAGGUCGUAAUUCCAGGGGCUUACAGCAUUUUAUUCCUUCAGCGUCACAACUAUGUAUGUUCAGCUGAAAAAGCUUAUGGCCUCCAAAUAUUCAUCUAGUUUAUGUGGUGGGUAUAUUGAUGUAUCCAAUCUAAACACAAAAGUCUGGGGAUUUUGCUUGUUUUCUUCCUGUUUCCUUUUACUGUUUGUGUGGCUCUCAGAAUGUUCCUGUGGACAAACAGGGCUGUUUUUUCCCGAAUGAUCUCAAAUGCACCAACGCUGCCAAAGUCUGAGGGUGCUGCAACCUUGAGAAAAUAAUAUAUAUGGAAAUGGGAAAUCUAUAAAGCAUCUCUCUUAUUGUUCUCCCUGCAGUGUUGUAUUUAUGUUUAAAAAAUGAUUUUGUCUCCUCAGGAUGAAAAAAUGUAAAGGAUACCUUGCUUUUUUUUCUUCUUUUUUGAAAAUGAUAAUAUAUGAGUCUUAGAUUUCGAAAUAAGAAGUCUGAAUAUUAAAAAAAAAAAAAAGCUGUAAAAUCCUUUAGUCGUGGGGUUUUCAACUUUUGAAUGUGCCUACAGCCAAGCAUCCCAGUGAUUGCUUACCUUCUACCCCCUCUCCAGUUCUGCAAUCUCCCCUAAUCUCCCCACAACCAUCAUCUUCAAUUUGCUGAAACUGCCACUGUCCCUCCUCCAUCCCAACGACCACAGUAGAUAUUUUGUCUGUUCCCUACUUUUUGUCAAUCUCAGGACUGAAAUUUCUUUAUUUUAAUGUAGAUGGUUGGUUUUCAUUUGACCUCUCCUCUCUUAUGUAUUAUUGUUUGACAUAAGUAAAUAAAGCAGAUGACUUCUA